CAAAACAGUAAAGGGCACACAACCACUACCACCACAACGUGGCUCCAGAGACUGAAACUGAUUAUUCUUUUUCUUUUCUCCUUUCUAGAGAAAGAAAAGAUCGAAUCGGGAGAAAGUAAUUAGGGUUUUUAGUCGGGGGGAAAGAAAGAAUGGCAAGUCUAUGGAGAUAUGCAAUGGGAUCAACACAAACUCAGAAAGAAGAUUAUGGCGGUGUUGAAUAUUGGAGUAAUCCAGAAAGAACAGGUUGGUUGACAAAACAAGGUGAAUAUAUUAAAACAUGGCGUCGUCGUUGGUUUAUAUUGAAACAAGGGAAAUUGUUUUGGUUUAAAGAAUCAUUGGUGAAUAGUUCUUCAAUACCUAGAGGUGUUAUACCUGUUGGUACUUGUUUAACUGUUAAAGGUGCUGAAGAUGUUUUGAAUAAACAAUUUGCUUUUGAAUUAUCAACUAAUAAGGAAACUAUGUAUUUUAUUGCUGAUUCUGAGAAAGAAAAAGAAGAAUGGAUUAAUUCUAUUGGGAGAUCAAUUGUUCAACAUUCUAGAUCUGUUACUGAUUCUGAAGUUGUUGAUUAUCAAUAGUAAAUCUAUAAUUAGUUGAACUAAUUUCAAAUUUCAAGAAUCAGAGGCUGGAUUGCGGUGUUCGAUCCUUAUCUCUCUAGGUGAGCGAGCUUCAAUAUUUAAUGAAUUUUAUGUGUAUAUCAGUUUAUGAUCGUUUUUUUCUUCUGUAAUUUGGUAUUUGUGGAAAUAAAUUUGAAUUUAGUAAUUAUCAAGAUCUUAAUUGAUUAUGUAUUGUAUUGUAUUGUAUGUUAUUCAUCGUAACAGUUUGCUCCUUUUGCUUUGGUUUGACA